AUUUCUCCCCAUGGAGCUCUAGGAUGUGGAUGUGAGAAAGGUGAGCAAGGAAGGCAAAUGGCGACGAGGAACAGCCCUAGCCCCAAGCCCGUGGGCACGGCUCAGGGGGACCCUGGAGAGGCAGGCACGCUGCCAGGUCCUGAGGCUGGCAUCCGGGACACAAGUUCAUCCACUCAGCUGAAGAUGAAGCCCAAGAAGGUGCGUAAGAUCAAGGCACUCAUCAUUGACCUGGGCUCCCAGUACUGUAAGUGUGGCUACGCGGGUGAGCCGAGGCCCACCUACUUCAUCUCCUCCACUGUGGGCAAGCGCUGCUCGGAGGCGGCUGAUGCUGGUGACACCCGCAAGGAGGUCUACGUGGGCCACGAGCUGCUCAACAUGGAGGCGCCUCUGAAGCUGAUUAACCCGCUAAAAUACGGCAUCGUGGUGGACUGGGACUGCGUCCAGAACAUCUGGGAGUACAUCUUCCACACAGCCAUGAAGAUCUUCCCCGAGGAGCAUGCCGUGCUGGUCUCCGACCCCCCACUCAGCCCCACCAGCAACCGCGAGAAGUACGCAGAGCUCAUGUUCGAGACCUUUGGCAUCCCUGCCAUGCAUGUGACCUCCCAGUCGUUGCUGUCCAUCUACUCCUAUGGCAAGACCUCCGGGCUGGUGGUGGAGAGUGGGCACGGUGUCUCACACGUGGUGCCCAUCUCCGAAGGCAACGUGCUACCAGGCCUGACGAGGCGUGCUGACUACGCCGGCAGCAACCUCACUAGCUACCUGCUGCAGCUGCUCAACGACGCCGGCCACAAGUUCACGGACGACCACCUGCACAUCAUCGAGCACAUCAAGAAGAAGUGCUGCUACUCGGCACUCAAGCCAGAGGAGGAGCUUAGCCUGUGCCUGGAGGAUCUGCGUGUGGACUAUGAGCUCCCUGACGGCAAGCUCAUCACCAUCGGCCAGGAGCGCUUUCAGUGCGCCGAGAUGCUCUUCAAGCCCACCUUGGUGGGCAGCGACCAGCCUGGUCUCCCCGAGCUCACGGCCGCCUGCCUGAACCACUGCCAGGAGGCGGGCUUCAAGGAGGAGAUGGCAGCCAACGUGCUGCUGUGUGGCGGCUGCACCAUGCUGGACGGCUUCCCAGAGCGCUUCCAGAGGGAGCUGAGCCUCCUCUGCCCCGGGGACAGCCCCACAGUGGCUGCUGCUCCCGAGAGGAAGACCUCCGUGUGGACUGGCGGCUCCAUCCUGGCCUCCCUGCAGGCCUUCCAGCAGCUUUGGGUCAGCAAGGAAGAGUUCGAGGAGCGGGGCAGUGAAGCCAUCUACAGCAAGUGCUGAGCAGUGGUGUCCCUACGGUCCGGGCCCGUGGGCAGGCAGCCACAGACCGCGCUGUACACAUUUACAGAAUUUCACAUAAAAUUUUAAGAUGCAAUGG